AUGGCCAUCACACAAGGCACCAACGGUGGACAGGCAACAGCAGCCAGCGAAGCUGCAGCCUUUGAAGCCGAACGCAACCGGUUGAUCACCAACAUCCAAAUCACGAUCAUCACGAUUGGACAGGAGUUUGAGCAGUUGAGUCAGUUGUGGAAACAUUUUCAUGCCUCGGCGUUUCAGCGUGCGGAGGAGGAGAGGUUUGAUAGGGAGUUGUUAGCUCAAGAGGAGGAAGACGAUCAGCUGCGGAGCCAGGAGCAAGAAGAAUAUGGAGGAGAGGAACCGCAGAGUCAGGAGCGGGAGCAACGAGAAGAGCAGGAGGAUGUGUGA